CGUCACAGCUGGGCUGGGGCUCGGUAAGGGGUUGGGACUGAGCAGACCGCUCCCCGGAGUUGCAGUGGAAGCUACUGGAGAGGCGGGCGGAGGCAUGGAAAUCCAUGCAUGGCUCUGUCUCCUUUCAUCGUAACGUUAUCAAAAGCGUACGGAUAUUGACUCAACUGUUCUCGUGCAAUGAAGCACAUUCAGGUUUUCGUGUAAGCACAACGCACAGAAGAGGAGGCCUUUGAUAGUUUACUGGACUGAUGGCUCCAGAGUGACAUGCCAUGGCUUUAAUGAUCCCCCCGGUGAAGCUCAAAUGGCUGGAGCACCUAAACAGCUCAUGGAUCACGGAGGAAAGCGAGUCGAUUGCCACACGGGAGGGAGUUUCAGUGCUCUACUCAAAGCUGCUGGCCAACAAAGAGGCUGUACUACUGCCCCAGCAGGUGCUGUGUCUGAAAGGCCCCCAGCUUCCAGACUUUGAGCGUGAAUCCCUCUCCAGUGAUGAGCAGGAGCACUACUUGGAUGCUCUACUCAGCAGCCAGUUGGCCUUGGCCAAGAUGGUCUGCUCUGACUCUCCCUUUGCUGCGGCCCUGCGCAAACGUGUGCUGGUGCUUCAGCGCAUCUUCUACGCACUUUCAAACAAGUACCACGACAAGGGAAAGGUCAAGCAGCAGCAGCACUCUCCAGAGAACAACUCGGGCUCGGCUGAUCUGCACUCUGUCAGCGAGCGGCCACGCUCCAGCACUGAUGCUCUCAUUGAGAUGGGUGUUCGCACUGGCCUUAGCCUUCUUUUUGCUCUGCUGCGCCAAAGCUGGAUGAUGCCUCCUCCACCUAGCCCUGGUGGAGGUCCUGGGGGCAACAUAAACUUGUGUAAUGAUGUCAUUCACACAGCCAUUGAUGUGGUUAGCUCCCUGCCACCCCUCUCUCUGGCCAACGAGAGCAAGAUCCCACCGAUGGGCCUAGAUUGCCUGGCCCAGGUCACCACUUUUCUGAAGGGGGUUACAAUGCCAAAUUCUGGGGCUGAUAUUUUAGGGCGGCGGCUUGCCUCAGAGCUACUGCUAGGGCUGGCUUCCCAGAGGGGUUCCCUGCGCUACUUGCUGGAGUGGAUUGAGAUGGCCUUGGCUGCAUCAGCCGUGGUCAGUGCUAUGGAGGAGACUAAGGGGCUACAGAACCAAGAAGGGCUCAUCGGCUACGAUUGUUUCAUGAACAUCCUCAUGCAGAUGAGACGCUCUUUGGGCUCCUCAGCAGAUCGCAGCCAGUGGAGAGAACCCACACGGACCUCUGAUGGCUUGUGUUCAUUGUAUGAGGCAGCACUCUGUCUUUUUGAAGAAGUAUGUCGAAUGGCGUCAGACUACUCUCGCACCUGUGUCAGCCCAGACAGCAUACAGACCGGUGAAGCACCCGUGGUGUCUGAAACCUGUGAGGUUUACGUGUGGGGCAGUAACAGUAGUCACCAGCUAGUGGAGGGUACACAGGAGAAGAUCCUGCAACCCAAGUUGGCCGCCAGCUUCGCCGAUGCACAGACAAUUGAAGCAGGCCAGUACUGCACUUUUGUAAUCUCAUCCGACGGCUCUGUUCGGGCCUGCGGGAAGGGCAGCUACGGCCGCCUGGGCCUCGGGGACUCGAACAACCAAUCAACGCUCAAGAAACUUACCUUCGAGCCCCACAGGGCCAUUAAGAAGGUCUCGUCGUCCAAGGGCUCGGAUGGCCACACGCUGGCCUUCACUACGGAGGGUGAGGUGUUCAGCUGGGGUGACGGUGAUUAUGGCAAACUGGGUCACGGGAACAGCUCAACACAGAAAUACCCUAAACUUAUCCAGGGGCCACUUCAGGGGAAGGUGGUGGUAUGUGUGUCUGCUGGCUACAGACACAGUGCUGCAGUCAGUGAGGAUGGAGAGCUGUACACAUGGGGUGAAGGAGAUUUUGGAAGGUUAGGUCACGGUGACAGCAACAGCCGAAACAUUCCUACCCUGGUUAAAGACAUCAGCAAUGUGGGCGAGGUGUCAUGUGGUAGCUCCCAUACUAUUGCACUGUCAAAGGAUGGACGCACUGUGUGGUCCUUUGGAGGAGGGGACAACGGGAAACUAGGUCAUGGUGAUACUAAUCGAGUCUACAAGCCAAAAGUAGUGGAGGCCCUGCAAGGGAUGUUCAUCAGAAAAGUGUGCGCAGGAAGCCAGUCGUCUCUCGCCUUAACCUCUACCGGACAGGUGUACGCUUGGGGCUGUGGUGCUUGCCUGGGGUGUGGUUCUUCUGAGGCCACAGCACUCAGACCCAAACUAAUUGAGGAGCUGGCUACCACCAGGGUGGUGGACAUCUCUAUAGGGGACAGUCACUGCCUGGCCUUGUCGCAUGACAAUGAAGUGUAUGCAUGGGGCAACAACUCCAUGGGCCAGUGUGGCCAGGGGAACUCCACAGGGCCAAUCACCAAGCCCAAGAAGGUUGUCGGCCUGGAUGGAGUUGCUAUUCAGCAGAUCUCAGCCGGCACUUCCCACAGCCUGGCGUGGACAGCCCUGCCCAGAGACAGGCAAGUGGUGGCUUGGCACAGGCCCUACUGUGUGGACCUUGAAGAAAGUACCUUCUCCCACUUACGCUCCUUCCUUGAGCGCUACUGUGACGGCAUCAACAGUGAAGUUCCUCCUCUUCCGUUCCCCUCAUCCAGGGAGCAUCAUAACUUCCUCAAGCUGUGCCUUCGGCUUUUGUCCAAUCAUUUGGCUUUGGCUCUGGCCGGGGGCGUGGCCACCAGUAUCUUAGGUCGGCAGGCCAGGCCCCUGAGGAACCUGCUCUUCAGACUGAUGGACUCCUCUGUACCAGAUGAGAUUCAGGAAGCGGUUAUUGAGACCCUGUCAGUGGGAGCGACCAUGCUGCUGCCUCCACUGAGAGAGAGGAUGGAGCUUCUUCACUCCUUGCUACCUCAGGGCCCUGACAGAUGGGAGAGUCUCUCCAAAGGACAGAGGAUGCAGCUAGACAUUAUCCUGACCAGUCUCCAGGACCACACCCACGUGGCCUCACUCCUGGGUUACAGCUCUCCCGCUGAUGGCCCCGAGGUACUUUGUUCCGGCCCGGGCUUCACUGCUUCCCUGGACCCCACAUACAGCGCCACAGCAGGCCACCCUGACACCCACCUGGCUGAGAUCCUCAUGAAGACGCUGCUCAGGAACCUGGGCUUUUAUACUGAUCAGGCAUUUGGUGAGCUGGAGAAGAACAGUGAUAAACUGCAGCAGGGCCUGUCCUCCUCUGACAGCAGCCAGCCAGCUCACCUCCACCAACUCCUGUGCUCCCUGCAGAAGCAACUGUUGGCAUACUGCCACAUUAACUCUGUCACUGAGAACUCUAGCAGUGUGGCAUUACUUCACAAGCAUCUGCAGCUCCUGCUGCCUCACGCCACAGAUAUCUUCUCCCGCUCAGCUGCUCUGAUAAAAGAGAGUUCCUGGAAUGGCAGCAUACGAGAGAAGUUACAAGAUGUGAUCUACGUGUCAGCAGCAGGCAGCAUGCUGUGCCAGAUAAUCAACUCCUUGCUGCUGCUUCCGGUAUCGGUGGCGAGGCCUCUGCUGAGCCACCUGCUGGACCUGUUGCCUCCUCUGGAUCGCCUCAACAGGCUGCUGCCUGCUGCAUCUCCUCUGGAGGACCAGGAGCUGCAGUGGCCUCUUCAUGGUACCUCUGACUUUGUUGAGCCGGCCUCUGGGAUGUCACUUCCACAGCCGGCGUUCUCCUGGGUGUGGCUCGUGGAUCUCGAGAGGACAGUCGCCCUGCUGGUAGGCCGUUGCCUUGGUGGGAUGCUGCAGGGAGCUCCUAGCUCGCUGGAGGAACAGGAUACUGGUUACUGGCUCAAAACGCCCCUCUUCAGCAACGGCUUGGAAAUGGACAUCCCACAGCUCGACACCUGCAUCAGCUCAUUACUGGAGGCAGCACUGUCCGGUAACGAAGAGCAGAAGCCCUUUGACUGCACACUGCGUCCUGACAUGAGUGUCCUGGUGGAUUUGGCUCUGUGUUCGUCUAAAGAACCUGCCAACAGCCUCUGGAUCAACAUGCAGGACUAUGCAAUGAGCAAAGACUGGGACAAUGCAUCCCUCUGUAAUGAGUCCCUGUUGGACACUGUGUCCAGGUUUGUGUUGGCAGCCUUACUGAAGCACACAGGGCUGCUGGACCAAGGCUGUGGAGAGGGCAGGUACCAACCAUCUAAGACCCUUGCAGAGGUGUAUCGCAGUGUUUAUAAGGUACGAAACCGCCUGCUGGCCUGUAAGAACAUGGACUUCGUCCAGACGAGAUCUUCUUCACGUGAGAGGAGGAUUUCAGACAAUCAGGACUCUCUGGACAUGGACCCUCAGGAGCACUCGUUCACACGCACCAUCGACGAGGAGGCAGAGCUGGAAGAGAGAGCCGACCGCGAGAGAGAAGAAGGCCAUCAGGAACAAGACGAUGAAGAGGAGGAACGGGAACACGAAGUAAUGACUGCUGGAAAAAUCUUUCAAUGUUUCCUCUCAGCGCGGGAGGUAGCUCGCAGUCGGGACAGAGAGCGGGCCAGCAGCAGCACAGGACUGGGCUCCAGCUCCGUUUCCAGGAGCGGAGGAGGAGGAGGAGGAGAGGAGGACACCAUUCUGUCUCAAGAGGGGAGAAGGGGCAGUACGGGUCUCACAGAGGGCCAGGACCUGUACACAGCAGCCUGUAACUCUGUGAUCCACCGCUGUGCCCUGCUGUUGCUGGGGGUGAGCCCUGUGCUGGGCGAGCUGACCAAGCAGAGCCAGGAGGAGGACCAGACCCAGUCUGCCACAGGAACACAGGAAUGCCUGAGCUUCAUGACCAGGAGUGAGAGUCUGAGUGCAGAGAGUCGCUCGGUGCAGAGCAGCCCGAGUUACAGACUGAUGAAGUCCAGGAGCGAGUCUGACCUCUCCCAGCCGGAGUCAGACGAAGAGGGUUACACUCUGAGUGGAAGGAGAAAUGUUGACCUGGACUUGGCGUUCUCUCACAAAAAGAGAGGCUUACUUCACAGCUCACCAGACUCCCUGGCUGAGUCCUGGUUCCGGGCCAAACUGAGCCGCCAGCGGAGCUACAGCUCGGCGCACUCCUAUGAAGAGUCAGACCUGGACCUGAACCGCUCACUUGGCAUUCACGCUCUCAUUGACAACAUGGUCAGCUUCAUCAGUGGUGAUGUGGGCCUGGCUCCAGCCUUCAAGGAGCCAGAAGAAAGCAUGUCCACCAGCCCACAGGCAACUAUCCUGGCCAUGGAACAGCAACAGAGCAGGGCAGAGCUGCGGUUGGAGGCACUCCACCAGAUCGUGGUGUUGAUAUCAGGCAUGGAGGAGAAGGGCAGUCAUCCCGGGAACACAGAUCGAACCAGCAGUGCCUUCCAGUCCUCCUCCCUGCUCACCUCCGUCAGGUUACAGUUCCUUGCAGGUUGUUUUGGCCUCGGCACUGUGGGCACUGGAGGGCUGAAGAGAGAGAGCGUGCAGCUACAUCACUAUCAGGAUGGAGUGAAAGCAGCUAAGAGGAGCCUCCAGAUGGAAAUCCAGACAGCUGUUCAUAAGAUCUACCAGCAACUGUCUGUGACACUGGAGAGGGCACUGCAGGCAAACAAGCACCACAUAGAAGCCCAGCAGCGCCUCCUGCUGGUGACUGUGUUUGCACUGAGUGUUCGCUACCAGCCAGUGGACGUCUCUCUGGCUAUCUCCAGUGGGCUCCUCAACGUGCUGUCGCAGCUCUGCGGGACAGAGACGAUGCUGGGGCAGCCGCUCCAGCUGCUGCAGAAACCCGGAGUGUCCCAGCUCAGCACUGCCCUCAAGGUGGCCUCCACUCGCCUGCUGCAGAUACUGGCCAUCAGCACUGGGACAUAUGCAGACAAGUUAAGUCCCAAGGUUGUCCAAUCGCUGCUAGACCUGCUCUGCAGUCAGCUGAAGAACCUGCUGUCCCAGGCAGGAGUUAGUCUUCUCUCUUCUGGAAAAGAGCAAGAAGACAUCAAACAGGAGGACAGCGCAGACUCUGAAAAGAAAGACUUCAGAGCGUUGAUCCGUAAGCAGCACACUGCUGAGCUACACCUUGGAGACUUCCUCGUCUUCCUCAGGAGAGUGGUGUCCUCCAAGGCCAUCCAGUCCAAGAUGGCCUCCCCUAAAUGGACUGAAGUGCUGCUCAACAUCGCUGCACAGAAAUGCUGCUCAGGCGUCCCUCUGGUGGGAAACUUGAGAACUCGACUCCUCGCUCUUCAUGUGUUGGAGGCUGUCCUGCCUGCCUGUGAGGCCAAUAUGGAGGAUGACCAAGUGACACAGGUUGUUGAGCGGCUGUUCGCUCUGUUGUCUGACUGCAUGUGGGAAGCGCCCAUUGCUCAAGCCAAACACUCGAUCCAGAUUAAAGAAAAAGUUCAGGAACUCAAACUACAGGGAGAGGCAGAGGAGGAGGACGAGAACCUUCCCAUCCAGGAAGUGUCCUUUGACCCAGAGAAGGCUCAGUGUUGUGUGGUGGAAAAUGGCCAGGGGCUGACACAUGGCAGUGGGGGUAAAGGCUACGGCCUGGCCUCUACUGGUAUCUCCUCUGGAUGCUACCAGUGGAAGUUUUACAUCGUGAAGGAGAACCGAGGCAAUGAGGGUACAUGCGUGGGCGUUUCACGUUGGCCCGUGCACGACUUCAACCACCGCACCACGUCGGAUAUGUGGCUGUACCGAGCAUACAGCGGAAACCUGUAUCACAAUGGGGAGCAGACACUGACACUUGGCAGCUUCACACAAGGAGACUUCAUCACCUGUGUGCUGGACAUGGAGGCCAGAACCAUCUCCUUUGGCAAGAACGGAGAGGAACCAAAGUUAGCCUUCGAGGAUGUCGACGCCACAGAGCUCUAUCCCUGUGUGAUGUUCUACAGCAGUAACCCAGGAGAGAAGGUUAAGAUCUGUGACAUGCAGAUGAGGGGAACACCUCGAGACCUCCUACCUGGUGACCCCGUCUGCAGCCCCAUGGCCACUGUCCUGGCCGAAGCCACCACACAGCUGAUCCGCAUCUUACAUCGCACUGACCACUGGACCCAUCGCAUCAACAAGACCAUGACCGAGCGGCUCCACAAGAUCAAACCUUGCUUCAGAGAGUCCGCCAAUGCAUCUGGCAGCGGUGGGGGUCAGAGGCUGAAAAAGAGCCGUUCAGUGCAGAGCCGCGAGGAACACGACGCCCAGAGAGAAAGCCAAGAAACCCCCAUGAGGACGGAGGAGGAGAGGGGACGCCAUGGACGUCAGCAUGGCUUGGGGGAGCUGUCGGAGCACCACCUCAGGACACUCUGUACAGAGGUGUGGCCGGUCCUGGCGGUGAUCGGAGGGGCGGAUGCAGGCUUACGCGUCGGUGGGCGAUGUGUGCACAAGCAGACCGGGAGGCAUGCUACGCUGCUGGGUGUGGUGAAGGAAGGCAGUACCUCAGCAAAGGUGCAAUGGGACGAGGCCGAGAUCACCAUCAGCUUCCCAACUUUCUGGUCGCCUAGUGACACUCCACUAUACAACCUGGAACCCUGCGAGCCGCUGCCCUUCGACGUGGCGCGUUUCCGUGGCCUCACCGCCUCGCUGUUGUUGGACCUCACCUACCUCACCAGCAUACAUGAGGAUACCGCUGCUAAGCUCUGCGCACGACGCCACGACAAGAAGCAUCGCAACGCAGCCUCGACUGGGCACGAGCCGACCAGUAACGAAGAUAAGGCAGAGAAUGAGGGGCACAACCGUAAUGAACAAAAAGAUAACAUUGGAGCCUCAUCUGAAGCAGCUCCAAACACCACGACCUCUGACCUGCGUGUGUCCCACAGCCUGGAUGAGGUGAAAGCACAUGUGGCACCCAACUCAAAGUCAGAGAGUGAGAUCUCCUCUGUGGUUAGCGGAGGGGUAGGUGGGAAUGAGACCUUUUUCACUACAGCUCCUCACACUCCUGCUGAGGGGAGCAGGAGGAAAGGCCAUGAGCAUGGCUGCCGCAGUCAUGAGCCUUCUCCCUCCUGUAUUGCCACGCAGUCAGAAAUCCACGCUGUGCAGCUUUCCUACCUCUACCUGGGAGCCAUGAAGACUCUCAGCGCCCUGCUUAGCUGCAGCAAGUAUGCUGAGCUGCUGCUUAUACCAAAGGUGUUACCGGAUGCAGCACCUAGCGGGCACAAUGCUGAUCUGAAUGCCAGCACCAGCGGAAGUACAGCUGCCAACUCGCCAGUCUGCCAGGAAGAAGUGGAGAUGCGGGCGGCUUUGCAGUUCCUCAUGCGCCAUAUGGUGAAGCGGGCAGUGAUGCGCUCCCCCAUCAAGCGGGCCUUGGGCCUGGCAGACCUGGAGAGGGCACAGGCCAUGAUCUACAAGCUUGUCGUGAACGGGCUGUUGGAGGAGCCCAGUGGUGGAAAGGCCAAGCCUGGAGUGAGAAGUGAGCCAGAAGGCGAGGGGGAAGGUACAGAGGGUGAGCAGUUGGCACAGACUCCAGUCACAACCAGCCCCUCUGCCUCCAGCACCACCUCCUUCAUGAGUUCCUCGCUGGAGGACACCACCACUGCUACCACACCCGUCACAGACACAGAGACUGUCCCUGCCUCGGAGUCUCCAGGGGUCAUGCCUCUCAGCCUCCUCAGGCAAAUGUUCUCAAGCUACCCGACUACCACUCUGGUUUCAACCCGUCGAGCUCAGACUCCUCCGGUGACCUCUCUGCCGACCUCUCCCUCAGAUGAGGUCGGCCGGCGGCAGAGUCUCACCUCCCCUGACUCGCAGCCCUCCAGACCACAAAACAGGACGGGUACCUCUCUGUCGGACCCCAGCAGCAGGCUGUCUACAUCGCCCCCUCCUCCUGCCAUCGCUGUGCCCCUGUUGGAAAUGGGCUUCUCCCUGCGCCAGAUCACCAAAGCUCUGGAAGCCACUGGUGCCCAAGGAGAAGCAGACGCUCAGAACAUCACGGUGUUGGCCAUGUGGAUGAUAGAACAUCCAGGCACGGAGGACGAGCAUGACGAGCCUGACGAGCCUCAUACCAGAGGCAGCGGUGUCGGUGGUGACGGCUCUGACUCGUCCUGUCCGGGUGCAACAGCCUCUGCUGGAGGCAAAUCUCUGGACAGGAGCCCGUAUCUGUGCUCUCCUGGAGACAUCGCCAGUGCUGAUGCUUCAGAAAUGGAGGAGGGCUUCAGCGAAAGUCCUGAGGGUCUGGAGCAGGACAAUGCAUCGGCCUCCAGCGGCGGUCCGCUCAGAGGACGCUCUGCUGUCGGUAGGAAACACCGCUUUGACCUGGCAGCGCGCACGCUCCUAGCCCGCGCUGCUGGACUGUACCGCUCGGUGCAGGCUCACCACAGCCAGUCACGCCGGGAGGUCUCAUCCCUCCAACAGCAACAAGACCCCGGUGCCUGUCUUUACGACUUUAACCUGGAUGAAGAGCUGGAAAUGGACCUGGACGAGGAGACCAUGGAGGCCAUGUUUGGCCAGGACCUGGCCAGUGACACGGACAUUCUGGGAAUGUGGAUCCCGGAGGUACUGGACUGGCCAACAUGGCACGUAUGUGAGACAGAUGAUCGAGAUGAAGUGGUCGUGUGCGAGUUGUGCGAGGCCAAUGUGGCCAACUUCAAUCAACACAUGAAGAAGAGCCACCCAGGCUGCGGCCGCAGCGCCAACCGGCAAGGCUACCGCAGUAACGGCUCCUACGUAGACGGCUGGUUCGGAGGGGAGUGUGGGAGUGGAAACCCUUACUAUCUGCUAUGUGGUGGCUGCAGAGAGAAGUAUCUGGCCAUCAAAAGCAAAGCCAAAGUCCCCAUCGUGGAGAGGUAUAAGGGACAAGCUCCUGACCUCCUGGGGAAGCAGGACAGUGUCUAUGAAGAGGACUGGGACAUGCUGGACGUUGACGAAGAUGAGAAGCUGACGGGGGAGGAGGAGUUUGAGCUUUUGGCCGGACCGUUGGGUCUUAAUGAGCGCAGGAUCGUCCCUGAAGCUGUCCAGUUCCCUGACAGCGACCCAUUGGGAGCCUCCGUUGCCAUGGUGACUGCCACCAACAGCAUGGAAGAGACCCUGCUGCAGAUAGGCUGUCAGACCUCAGUGGAUAAGAGUUCAUCGGGCAGAGUGACCCUCGGCGAGCAGGCAGCAGCCCUCCAGAACCCUCAUGACCGGGUGAUGGCUCUUAGGAGAGUGACGGCUGCAGCCCAGGUGCUCUUGGCCAGGACCAUGGUGAUGAGAGCCCUGUCCCUGCUGUCUGUCAGUGGUUCGAGCUGCAGCCUUGCAGCCGGUCUGGAGUCUCUGGGUUUAACUGACAUCAGGACUCUGGUCAGGCUGAUGUGCCUGGCGGCUGCAGGCCGAGCCGGUCUUUCCACUAGUCCUAUUGCAGGCUCCGGCCAUGCCGAAAGGCCCCGUGGGGCCGCCAAGGCGAGCAAACCCAUCUCCUGUCUGGCUUACCUCAGCACAGCAGUGGGCUGCUUGGCCUCCAAUAGUCCCAACGCAGCCAAACUGCUGGUACAGCUCUGCACUCAGAACCUGAUCUCUGCAGCUACCGGCAUGAAUCUGACCACAGUGGACGACCCCAUCCAGAGGAAGUUCCUGCCCAGCUUCUUGCGUGGUGUGGCCGAGGAGAACAAGCUCGUAACCUCUCCUAACUUUGUGGUCACGCAGGCUCUGGUGGCCCUGCUGGCAGAUAAAGGGGCCCGACUCAGACCUGCUUAUGACAAGGCUGAUAUGGAGAAAAGAGGGCCUCUGGAGCUGGCCAACGCUCUGGCGGCCUGUUGCCUGUCCUCCAGGCUUUCCUCGCAGCACCGCCAGUGGGCCGCCCAGCAGCUGGUCCGCACACUGGCCGCCCACGACCGCGACAAUAACCACAGCCGGCCGCAAACCUUUGCCGACAUGGCGGGGGACCUGCGAAAGUGCUCCUUUAUUAAGCUAGAGGCUCACCAGAGCAGAGUGAUCACCUGUGGUUGGUGCAGUAAGAAAGGCCUGUUGGCUACGAGUGGUAAUGAUGGGACAGUCAGGAUGUGGAACGUCACCAAGAACCAGUACACCCUCCAGCAGACCUGCAUCUUCAAUAAGGAUGAUGGCUCUUCAGAGGAGGGCAUGUCAGGUUUAGGAUCUCCCAGCGAUCCUUGCAUGUCUCCUCUGGCAUGGAGUGUCACUGGAAAAUAUCUGGCCUCCGCCAUGGACAAAAUGGUCAACAUCUGGCAAGUUAAUGGUGGUAAGGGCCUUUUGGACGUGCAGCCUCAUUGGGUGUCGGCGUUGGCUUGGCCAAAAGAGGACGCAGAGUCCUUGUGGUGCGGGGAACCCAAGGACAUGCUGCUGGUGGGACGAAUGGAUGGGUCUCUGGGCCUCAUUGAGGUGCUGGAUACCUCCACUAUGCACCGUACCGAGCUGGAGCACUGCUACAGGAAAGAUGUGGCAGUGAUGCACAUUGCCUGGUACAGUGAAGACAAGCCUUUUGCUGUGGGCUACGCAGAUGGCAAGCUGCUGAUAGGCACCAAACAGCCUUUAGAAAAAGGAGCCAUCGUGGUCAUCGAUGCACACAAGGAGUCCAUCACCAGCAUGAAGUGGAGUCCUACCGGUCAGAUCUUGCUGACCUGUGCUAAAGAGGAGACAGUGAAGCUGUGGGCCAGUCCGGACUCUCAUUCUGACUCAGGCUCGGGCUCUGGCUGGCGCUGCCUGCAGAGCCUCCGACACCCCACCCCGGUUAACGGUGUGGCCUGGUGCAGCCUGCUUGGACGUGGCCCAAAGCCCCUCAACAUGUUAGCCAUAUAUGAGACGGGAGUGGUAGACUUGCUUAUCCCUUCCCCCAACGCCACAGCAGAGGUCGGCUACAACAGAGACAGGUUCCUCUUCAACCCGUCUUCCUGCAUGGAUGAGCACAUGAUCCAGUUCAAGUUCCUGGGUAUCCUCAUGGGCGUGGCCAUCCGCACCAAGAAGCCCCUGGACCUCCACCUGGCUACCCUGGUGUGGAAACAGUUGUGUUGCAUCCCCCUGCUGCUGGAGGAUCUGGAGGAAGUGGACCUCCUUUAUGUGCAGACGCUCAAAAGCAUUCUUCACAUUGAAGACAGUGGUAUCACCGAGGAGAAUUUCCAUGAGAUGAUUCCUCUGGAUUCAUUUGUCGGGCAGAGUGCAGAUGGAAAGAUGGUGCCCAUCAUCCCGGGAGGAAACAGCAUCCCUCUCACUUUCUCCAACAGGAAGGAAUACGUGGAAAGAGCUAUCGAGUACCGGCUGCAUGAAAUCGAUCGACAGGUGGCGGCAGUGCGUGAAGGCAUGUCGUGGAUCGUGCCGGUGCCGCUGCUCUCCCUGCUGACGGCCAAGCAGCUGGAGCAGAUGGUAUGCGGCAUGCCGGAGAUCUGCUGCGACGUGCUGAAGAAGGUGGUGCGCUACAGAGAGGUGGACGAGCAGCACUCCCUGGUGCAGUGGUUCUGGCAGACGCUGGAGGAGUUCUCCAACGAGGAGCGAGUCCUCUUCAUGCGCUUCGUCUCCGGUCGCUCGAGGCUGCCGGCCAACACGGCUGACAUCUCUCAGAGGUUUCAGAUCAUGAAGGUGGACAGGCCGUACGACAGCCUGCCGACCUCUCAGACCUGCUUCUUCCAGCUACGUCUGCCUCCGUACUCCAGUCAGGCCGUCAUGGCUGAGCGGCUGCGCUACGCCAUCAACAACUGCCGCUCUAUCGACAUGGACAACUACAUGCUCUCCAGAAACGUGGACAACGCAGAGGGCUCCGACACGGACUACUGAUGAGGGCGCUCCACACAUGCACACAUUAAUAAAUUAUAAUCAGGCACAUGGACUGUCUUAUCUGAACACGCACACACAAACCGAGAGAUGCUUCGUCAUCGCUGCACCAGUUGUAGGGAACUCCUGAGCAGACGGGCCACUUUUUAAAUCCAUUUUAUGUACUUUGAAACAGCACAGGUUUUCAUUUCCUCUUGUGGUUUAUUAGCUGUUUUUAAAUGACACAGAAAUCCACACGAGAAGUGCAUUUAGUGUUAAGUUUCUCUUUUUUUGCCCAUUACUCCACAUCCCAUUUUCAGGGUUUCUGCAUGGAGGUAUGUUUAUUUGUUUGAAAAUGUGUAUAGAAUAUUCAAGCAGGCGGUGGAGGAAAAAAGAAUAUUGUACAUUGUGUAAAAUGCUUCAUUAGGAAAAUGUUUUGCAUAAUAUCCAUAUUUAUUGUUUUCAUUGCCUAUGUCGAGUUUCCCAAAGCAUACAAAAAACAACAAUAAAUGCUGCAUAACUGA